AUGCAAAAAGCGACCUACUACGACAGCUCGGCGAUCUACGGUGGCUACCCUUACCAGGCAGCCAACGGGUUCGGUUAUAAUGCCAGUCAGCAGCCGUACCCGGCGUCCGCAGCACUGGGCGCCGACGGCGAGUACCACAGACCCCCCCCGCCGCAGCCCCCUGCGCCUGCCCCUACCGCGCCCCCGCCCCCCUCGUCGGUCUCACCCCCUCAGAAUGGCAGCAGCAACCCCACCCCCGCCAGCGCAGCCAAGAGCCCCCUACUCAACUCGCCCACCGUGGCCAAACAAAUCUUCCCCUGGAUGAAAGAGUCUCGGCAAAACACAAAGCAGAAAACCAGCGGCUCCAGCUCAGGGGAGAGCUGCGCAGGUGACAAGAGCCCACCUGGGCAGGCGUCGUCCAAGAGGGCGCGCACGGCCUACACGAGCGCUCAGCUGGUGGAGCUGGAGAAGGAAUUUCACUUCAACCGCUACCUGUGCCGGCCGCGCCGUGUGGAGAUGGCCAACCUGCUAAACCUCACCGAGCGCCAGAUCAAGAUCUGGUUCCAGAAUCGCCGCAUGAAGUACAAGAAGGAUCAGAAGGGCAAGGGCAUGCUGACAUCAUCAGGGGGCCAGUCCCCAAGUCGCAGUCCUGUGCCGCCCGGCGCUGGCGGUUAUCUUAACUCUAUGCAUUCGCUGGUUAACAGCGUCCCGUACGAGCCCCAGUCGCCCCCGCCUUUCUCCAAGCCCCCCCAGGGCGCCUACGGGCUGCCCCCCGCCUCCUAUCCCGCACCUCUGCCCAGCUGCGCGCCCCCGCCGCCCCCGCAGAAGCGCUACACCGCGACGGGGGCGGGCGCGGGGGGCACACCCAACUAUGAUCCGCACGCGCAUGGCCUGCAGGGCAACGGCAGCUAUGGGACUCCACAAUUACAGGGAAGCCCCGUCUUCGUUGGGGGCAGCUAUGUGGAGCCCAUGAGCAACUCUGGUCCCCCCCUCUUUGGCCUAACUCACCUCCCCCACGCCGCCUCGGCUGCCAUGGACUACGGGGGCGCUGGGCCGCUGGGCAGUGGCCACCAUCAUGGGCCCGGGCCAGGGGAGCCGCACCCCACCUACACGGACCUUACCGCCCACCAUCCUUCUCAGGGAAGAAUUCAGGAAGCCCCCAAGCUCACCCAUCUGUGA